UCGGUGGUACGAAGGGUGUGUCGUCUGCAUGGCAGUUUACAAAGUUACUAAUUGAUGAGAACAUCCCUGAGAUUGAAGACUUUCGAAGCCGGUAUACGGUCGCCGUUCAUCAAGCAACACCAUCAAGUACUUUUGUUUCUAAAUCAUCUACUGCAUCUCUUACUAAUGGUGAGGAGAUCGGCUUUACCAAAUCACUUUCAGAGUUAUCCACUAUGAAGGAGCAGGUCCGAGGAUGCUGGUUCUAUGGCGUGAUACAUGCAAUAUUUUCUUCACGAAAUUGGGCUUAUUUUGGUUGUAGUGAUGCAAAGUGUUGCAAGAAACUGCGUGAAGAAGAUGUAGUGUGCAGCAAGUGCGGUAGAAGUAAAGAUGAGGGUGUUUGGCGAUACACUUUGAAAAUGAAAGUCAGACAUGGGACAACUUUUGCAGAUGUAAUGUUCUGGGAUGAGGAGGCCCGACUACUACUUGGAAAGGCUGCAGGAGAUUUUUACGAACACCUCGAUGUGGCAACACUUAGACCUAUCAGCUGCCCUGAAGUCAUAUCUGAAUUGAUCGGACGCGAAUAUCUAUUCAAAAUCAAGUCUGCCAACACAAACUCCAACUAUGGUGAACAGGUUUAUGUAAUAGGCAUGAUAUCGAGCGAUAAAGAAAAAAUAAAACAGUUCAAGAUGGCAGCAGGCAGUGAAGGAACGAGUUCUGAGGCGUACAAUUCUGAUGAAGACUUGGAAUUGCUUUUUGAAUCUGUGCCGACAGGGGACUCCAAUGUGGUUAUUUCAGACACUGAAACUGAUGAGAAAGGAACUCCAAAAUCAAUUGGACGCGGCCGAGAAUCGGAUGAAGCAGUCACUGGUGAUGUCAACGGCGAAACACAGGGCUCAA